AUGGAAGGAUUUGCUCCGCCCAAGUUUUCUUUUGGAGAUCAAUGGGAGAUGUAUCAAGAACGUUUAGAGCAAUAUUUCCUAGCCGUGGAUUUAGAAAAUGAGCGUAGAUCCGCUAUACUUCUUACCUCGAUUUCGCUAGAAGUUUAUCAAACGGUAAAGAACAUCUGCCAUCCAGAGAAACCAAAUGCUAAGUCCUAUGAAGAGCUGUGUGCGUUGUUGAAGGAAAGAUUCUGUCCGGCGAUAAUUACUUAUCGGGAGCGAACAUCGUUUUAUAGAGCAAGGCAAGAAUCUGGAGAAAGCGUACAAGAAUGGUACGUUCGCUUGAAGAAACUAUCCUUGAAUUGUGAUUUUAAAGAACAUUUGGAUCAUGCACUGAAGAACAUUUUUGUGACGGGACUACAACCCGGUCCGAUUUUUGAACGGUUGUGUGAAGAGGAAGACAAUGUUUCAUUGGAGAAUUUGCUCAAGAUUGCGGUGAAAAGGGAAGCCACAUUAAAAAACCGAACAUUGCUGGAAGUUAAUAAGAUUAACGAGAAGAAGACAAGUUAUGGUUCGAAGCCGGCGAAGAAAGUUAGUUCGGCGACAUGUUUUGCGUGCGGAAAGAAUAACCAUGAUUUUAGAAGUUGUCAGUAUCGAAGUUAUGUAUGCAAGAUUUGCAAAGAGAAAGGCCAUAUUGCCGUGGUUUGUCCGAAGAAACAGAAAGCGUUUUUCAAGAAGGAUCAAACGGUCAAUCACUUGGAAGUCAACUCUGUUAGCUGUUCUGAGCCGUAUUACGUGGAUAUUGCAGUUAAUGGACGAAUGACAAGAUUUGAAAUGGAUACUGGAUCACCAAUAACGAUUAUCUCUGAGACGUUUUACCGCAAUAAUUUCGGAGAAUUUACACUUCAUCCGUUCCGUGGGAAGUUGGUGUUCUAUACAGGAGGUGAAGCUACACCGAAGGGAGCUUUUGAAGCUGUUUUAUGUUAUCAAGGUCGACAAGCGGUUGGUCAAAUUGUGGUAAUUGAAGGAGGGCGCAAUCCGUUGAUUGGACGUGAUUUUAUUGGAGAGUUGCUUCACUGCAAAACAAACAAACUUGACACGGAGUCGAGUGACUGUCAGGAAGUUCAACUGAAAACUAUUUUGAAUGAAUAUCAAGAAUUGUUCGAUGGAUCAUUGGGUUGUUAUAAGCAUUCUAAAAUCAACUUGCUAUUGAAACCUGAUGCUGUACCGAAGUUUGUUAAACCUCGAAAAAUACCGAUUUCGUUUCAAGCUAAGGUUGAAGAGGAACUGGAUGUAGAGAAGACUGGUAUUAUUACUAAGGCUGAGAUUGCAGAGUGGGGAACCCCGUUAGUUCCUGUUUUAAAGAAAGACAAGUCAAUUCGUUUGUGCGCAGAUUAUCGAGUAACUGUCAACCCGUUUCUGGAAGAUAAGCGAUACCCUAUGCCUGUUGUGGAAGAUUUGUUCGACGCGUUGCAAGGUGGAAAGUUAUUUUCGAAACUGGAUUUGAAAUCGGCGUACAAUCAGCUAGAGCUUGAGGAAGAAUCGAGAAAAAUGUUGGCAUGGAGUACUCACAAAGGAAUAUAUUAUGUGAACCGUUUGCCGUUUGGUACUAAACCAGCCUGUGCAAUAUUUCAAGAAGUUCUGGAAAAGUUAUUGCAGGAAUGCCCCGGGUGUAUCAAUUUCUUGGAUGACGUUUUAGUAACUGGUGCAACUGUGAGCGAACAUCUCAAGAAUUUAGCAAGAGUGUUGAGUAAGCUUUUAGAAGCCGGAUUUCGACUAAAUCGUGAGAAAUGUGAGUUUUUCAAAGAAAGAAUGCAAUUUCUGGGACACAUUAUUGACGGUGAUGGACUGCAUAAGGAUCCGGAAAAGGUUCGCGCUAUAAUGGAUGUUCCAAGACCAGAGAAUGUCAAGGCACUAAGAGAAUUUCUCGGAAUGGUAACGUAUUAUUCGAAAUUUAUUCCGAACAUCUCAGCAAUACUGAGCCCUUUGUAUCAAUUACUUAAGAAGGACAAACGGUAUGAUUGGUCUUCUGAAUGUGACGUGGCGUUUGAAACUGUAAAACAGAUAUUAUGUUCGGAUAAUGUGCUGGUGCCGUAUAAUCCUGAAUUGCAGGUUAAGUUAAUUACCGAUGCGUCUGGCAAAGGAAUCGGAGCUGUACUCUUACAAGUGUUUCCUGAUGGUAGUCAACGGCCAAUAACGUUCAUUUCAAGAGUUCUCAAAUCUCACGAACAAGAUUAUUCUCCAUUGGAUAUGGAAGCGUUGGCUGUUUAUUAUGCGGUUCGAAGAUUGAGCAGUUAUCUUCUUGGAAAAAGCUUCACGAUUUUGACGGAUCAUCAACCACUUGUGUCGUUAUUUGGACGAAAGGGAAUUCCGGAUAUGGUGUUCGGAAAGUUACAACGUUUGGCUGUUUUUCUCUCAAAUUACGAAUAUGAGAUCAAGUACAUUAAAGGAGUUAGCAACAAAGUAGCUGAUUUCUUGUCUCGAUCACCAGUUCAAUGCUGUGACGAUGAAGUUGAAGAUGAUGAAGAAGUUAUGUUUCUGCAGUAUAUUGAAUCUGAAACGAGGUCAUUGGUCGAACGGAAACAGCUUAUAAUUGAAUCAAGGCGGGAUCCUGUAGUAAGCCGUGUAGUGCGUUACGUUAAGACCGGAUGGCCUGGUAAAGUUGACGAUCCUGAAUUGAAGAAAUAUUUUGUAAGGACGAACUCGUUGUUGAAGAAGGCGUUCUUAUGUGGGGCUACCGUAUUAUAG